AUGUCAGCUGCAGCUGUCUUCAACCAGAUGAUCGCCAAGCCCAGUGCAGCUUCCAGCUGCCCGCGCGCAGCCGAAGUUGCGGCCAGCGGUCGCCCAGCUUGCAUGAGCAGACAAGAGCUCGCUCUCAGUCUGUGUAGCCCUCCAGCGGCAAUGAUGCCUGCUCCUGAGCCCUCUCCGACAAACAGAGAUCAAUCGCCGGUGGCGGAGCGCUCCGGAAGCUGCUGUGGUGGAUGCAGCCUUGCACUUGCCUCGACGACCAUGGUGCUUUUGAUCGCUGCAGCGACUGUUUCUGUGUUGCUCUUAAACUUGCAAAGCUUGGAGUCUCGGGAGUUUGACACCUCUGGCAGAAAGAUCUUCUCGAUCAGCGUCAUGACGAAAGAGCUGGAAGUGUCGAAGCAGGCAUCGCAGCUCGGAGCUCGCAUGUCCCGACGCAAGACUGACGGCGACUCACGAAUGCUGGACAUCGGAGAGUUUCCGGUCUGCUGCACUUCUUCGGAGACAGGCAAGAUCGUUCGCCGCCGGCGACAAGCCAAAGGAGGGACUCUCCAUCAGUACAUGACAGCCCGCCGACCGUCACAGCCGGAGUGUUUGCCCCAGAUUCCAAGUCCGAGGGUUGAGAAGGAACCUUUGCAGAGGCACACCAGUCUGCCGGCGAUCGUGGAUGUGAAGACCGAAGCAUUGUUGCUGUCCCGCCAACUCCACCUGGAUUUUCAUGAAGUGAAGCACGCCGUGCAAGAGUUGCGGAAAGAACAUGCAGAACUUGCUAACGGAGGCAUGGAGCUUGCAACUUUUCGAGACUGCGUACUUCGAGCCUUCAGCGUCAAAGCCAUCAACGAUCGACUCCUCCAGGAUGCAUACCGCCAAUGCAAGGCAGCAGAUGGACCAGUGAGCCCCAAGCGGUUCUUGGCCUGGUAUCGGGACCACAUCUUCAUCUUCAUGCAUGACCAGGAGAAUGACCCCGCAAAGGAAAGUGCAGAUGCUUUGACUCUCGAGCUUGCCAAGAAACACGAUUGCUCUUGCAUCGAGCUUGACAAGGUCAAGCUGCAGUUCGACCACUUUGAUACCGACAAGUCAGGCCUGAUUGAGUACAAUGAGUUUGAGUCGAUGAUGUACACGCUCCUACAUUGCGCCAACAAGUCAGACCUCCCACCGAAUCGCAUUGAACGCUUCUGGCAUGAGGUGGACUUGGAUGGCAAUGGAUCGGUGGACUUCACGGAGUUUACGGAGUGGUAUCUCAAGUACUUCGCCCUGGCCCAGGAGCAUGGUCCCAUUGAGGCAUUCUAUGCUUCUUUCAUGCCAAGCGUUCAACGGACCAAAAGCUUGGAGUCCAGAAACUCGAUGGCAAGCCCUAGGGAAGUGAAGGACGAUGCUUUCACGGUUCUGCGCCCGCUGGCACAGCCCAAGAAGCUCGAGCCCCUUCGAUGCCGAGAGGAGGUCCGCGUCUCUCCGAAAUCCAUGAGGCGUCGUAUGACCACCGGGUCCUGCAUCGACAACUCACUCUGUUGA